GCGGGGUCCUUUCGUCGCUGAAGCGUCUUCGUAGGAUGGAGAGUGGAGGAUACUUUUGUUUACAGCUAAUAAACAAAUACAAUGAGUGUAUUUCUUUCCAGUUGGUGUAACAUGUAAACCCAUGACAGAUAUUAGAAAACUGGCAGGUGGAACAAUAAGGUCUCGGACUUGCUAACCAAGGCUGGUUAAAACGCUCGCUGAGUCUCAUUGUGUUGUUGACUAAAGUUAGAGCGAACAUCAGUCAUUUGGUGCGUGUUUAUCGUCUGUUUAGGCAAAGAGAUGGCUGUUUAUCCCGGAGCCGUCGACGGACUGAGUGAUUCCACCAAACAACAGGAGAGACACUAUUAUUUACUGUCUGAACUACAAACCCUCGUCAAAGAUUUGCCAAGCUCCUUUCAGCAGCGCCUGUCCUACAACACACUGAGUGACCUGGCCUUGGCUCUCAUAGACGGGACAGUGUACGAGAUCGUGCAGGGGCUCCUGGACAUCCAGCACCUCACAGAGAGGAAUCUGUACAACCAGAGGCAGAAGCUGCACUGUGAACAUCAAGCUCUGAAACAAGAGUUGGCGCGGAAGCACAAAGAGGCGUUGCAGUCCUGCAAGUCUCACAACCUCGCUCUUCUCAAAACAAAUCAGCAAGGGGAGGUAGAGGCUCUGGAAAUUCGUGUGCGAGAUGAGCAAAGAAUGAUGGAUAAGAAGAUUGUGGCAGAAAUGGACCAAAAGGUGAUAGACCAACAGAACACCCUGGAGAAGGCUGGAGUCCCUGGGUUUUACAUCACCACUAAUCCUCAGGAGCUGACAAUGCAGAUGAACCUACUUGAGCUGAUCCUCAAGCUUCAGCAAAAGGAGUCACAGUCAGGAAGCAUAUGAGAAGGAGACCUAACUGUGCCAACAGCAAAAAAAAAAAAAAUCUACAUCAUAUAAUGGCCACAGAAUAAGCUCUUACUCCAUUAACUGUGAGAUUCUCC